AUCAUAAGGUCAUUGACCUAGGAUCCAUAGGAUCCAAAAUUAGGUGGCACCUUUCAACCCAUCUAAUCCUUUACCAUCUUUAAAGACUAAGCCUAUACCCGAACACAGCUAAACGGAAUAAAAGCCCCAUUUCUAACAAAACAUAACCGAGAAGCUGCAAGGUUUUUUAGGGUUUCUUAUCAGUCGCUUCACUUUUCAGAAGAUGGCUCCAAAGCAGCCAAAUACAGGUCUUUUUGUGGGUUUGAACAAAGGUCAUAUUGUCACUAAGAAGGAAUUGGCACCGAGACCAUCUGAUCGCAAAGGGAAAACGAGCAAAAGGGUUCAUUUUGUGAGAAGUUUGGUUAGGGAAGUUGCUGGAUUUGCUCCAUAUGAGAAGAGAAUCACUGAGCUUCUUAAGGUUGGGAAAGACAAGCGUGCACUCAAAGUGGCCAAAAGAAAGUUGGGUACCCACAAGAGAGCGAAGAAGAAGCGUGAAGAGAUGUCCAACGUUCUGCGCAAGAUGAGGUCUGCUGGAGGAGGAGAAAAGAAGAAGUGAUGAUCCAGCAAAAUAUCUUUUAGGAACUCAAUGUUUUGAUUACUUAAGCUCGAGUAACGUCAUUUAGAGAGAUUUUUGUGUCCAAUUUUGAUUCGCCAAUUCCGUUAUACAUUAUUUGGAAACUGAAAACUUUUAUGUUGUAAGCAGUGAUUUUGGUGAAUGUAGUUGUGUUUCUGUGUA